AUGCUUUACACAUAUAAACAUUUGAAAGUUGAAAAGCUGAAUGAUUAUAUCGUUCGAGUCUCUUUGAAUCGUCCCGGACAACUUAAUGCUCUCAAUGAUCAAAUAUGGCAGGAAAUUGGUGACGCUUUCAUUAAAUUAGAUGAAGAUUCUGAUUGUCGGGUGGUUAUCUUGUGUGGAGAAGGACGUGCCUUCACCGCCGGAUUAGAUUUAAAAGGAGAUCUUAGCUUUUUGACCGAGUAUGAAGACGGACAGGAUGUGGCUCGUAAGGCGAGAACUUUGCGUAAGAAAAUACUUGGGAUGCAAGCAGCUUUUACGAACAUUGAAAAAUGUUCAAAGCCCGUGAUUGCUGCCAUCCAUGGAAUUUGCUUUGGAGCUGGCAUUGAUAUGACUUCAGCAGCUGAUAUCAGAUUUUGUAGUGAAGAUGCUGUUUUCUCUGUCAAAGAAGUUGAUAUUGGGAUGGCUGCUGAUGUUGGAACGCUGAAUAGAUUACCGAAGAUAUGCGGAAACGAUAGUUGGAUCAAAGAUAUAUGUAUCACGGGUCGUAUUUUCAAAGCUGAAGAAGCUGAGAGAUUUGGUUUUGUGUCCAAAGUGUUAAAGGACCGAGAUGAACUCUACUCACAAGUCAUGAAGAUGGCUUUGACUAUAGCAUUGAAAAGUCCUGUGGCUACGCAAGGAACGAAGGUUGUUCUAAAUUAUGCCAGAGAUCAUUCCAUUGAGGACAGCUUGAAUUUUGUGGCAACAUGGAAUGCUUCACAAUUGCUGACAGAUGAUGUUCCAUCAAGCGCCAUGGCAUCAUUAACUAAGAGUUCUCUUCCAUCAUUCUCAAAACUUUAA